AUGAAUAUAGUUAUAGCAAUCUAGUUCCAAAACACUUUGAAAAAUUGCUGUCUUAAGGUAUAAAUAAUUACCUAUAAAAAUAAAAUACCGGUAAUCUCACGAUAGUACUACAUUAGAAUCUGGUAUUGGAGAUGACUCUAUCCGUUGAUGAGAUGUCGAGACAACCCAAGAGAUUCUACCUCAAGAUAAUUGUUACAAAGACCUUCUUUCUUGGUUUAAAUUGCCACUUUAACAUCUCUCAAUUUAAAAAAAAUAGUAUUUAUUAAUUGUAUUCUUUAGUGAGACUUAUCAAACUAUACUUUGAAUAUGUCAAAAUUUAAUUUUGGAAGCUUCAGGAGCCUUUAUUUUGA